AUGUCCGCAAAUGUCAAUUGCCGUUCCAGCAGCUUUCCAUACACUGAAACCUCCUUAUACACACAGACCACUGCUGGCCAGUACUAUGAGGAAGACGAAGAGGAAGAUGAAGAGGAGAGUGACGAUGAAGGGCAAGAAUUGUCUCUUCCAGCAGAUGGCGGCAUCCUGGGAGACGAGUCUCUGGAGCCUCCAGCCAAGCUGGCCAGAACUGAUCAGAGAGUCCUCUUUGCCACCGGAUCAGCUGAUAACUAA